AAUUAACUUGGUUUGGAGACAAAAUCACCCGUGGUAACAUUCGAUUUACCUGUAUUUGAAUUGAAAACGUGUACUGGACGCAGUACAGUUUGUACCCUUCCCUGGACAUAAAGAAGUCGGAAACACUCUGGUUGAACUCUAAAGACCAUCCCCUAGAUCGUCACCAGGACAGCGUCAGGGGAACUUCUUAUUUGUGAUUAUAGAAAUGCUUGAUCUAGCUCAAUCUUAGAUAGCUUCACUCUGUAGAUCAGUUGAAAGGUUGUUAAAAUUGCUCAACUUGCUAUGGCAGAGGUGACUACCCGCACAUCGGCCGAUGCAAAUAAUGGGCCGAAAUCCUUCUUGGAUUUGGGAUCCUUCGUUGGCGAUUUGAAUGUCGAGGAUGAAACUGCCAGCGAUGAUAUAUCCCUUGAGGGACUUGAGGAAGAGUUACAAGAAUGUAAAACUGAUGAUGUUGUUGCAAACAUACUCUCUAAAGGUACAACAUUGCGGGAAUACACUAAGGGCGUUGAAAACAAUUUGCGGCAAGUUGAAUUGGAUUCUAUCCAGGAUUACAUAAAGGAAAGUGAUAAUCUAGUCUCACUUCAUGAUCAAAUUCGUGAUUGUGACAUGAUCCUAUCCCAAAUGGAGACUCUUCUCAGUGGAUUUCAGGAUGAGAUAGGUUCUAUAAGUUCGGAUAUUAAAAUUCUCCAAGAGAAGUCUAUGGAUAUGGGGCUGAGGCUGAAGAAUCGCAAGGUAUUGUCUUUAAAGGAUGGACCUUCUUUUACUAUUUACAUUCUUGUCUUGGGCUUUCUUUAUUUAGUGUAUUAUAAGUUGCAUCUGUAGUGUAGAUUAUUUGCU